AUGCUGACCGUCAACAGAGUAAUAGGAACGGGGCUUGCCUGGAAGUUCCGGGGGGAAACAAAGGAAGAGUUCCUCUCUGGCAACAGGACUCGGACUGCGUUCCCCCUUGCUCUGAACUUCAUCGCUGCUGGUCUCGGAUCUGGUAUUCUCUUCUCGUACCCUGAGCUCGCUACUAUUGCGGGCGUGCAAGGAGUGCUGGUAUAUGCUCUCUCAUCGGCUCUGCCACUCCUUGUAUUCGCCUUUCUGGGACCCAUCAUCCGGAGGAAGUGCCCGGAAGGCUUCGUCCUCACUGAGUGGACGAGACAGCGUUACGGAAUCGUCACAGCUCUGUUCCUGAGUUUCUUGACUCUUGUGACCUUGUUCCUGUACAUGGUCGCAGAACUGUCCGCUGUUGGUCAGGUCGUUACUACCUUGACCGGUCUGGAUGGCCUCCCCGUGGUUAUUGUGGAAUGCGUCGUUACGACUAUCUACACCUCCCUUGGAGGUUUCCAAAUCUCGUUCAUCACCGACAACAUCCAAGGUGCUCUGGUCGUAGGCCUAGUCAUCAUUGCCACCAUCACUAUCGGUGUGAAGACGGACAUCGAUCAAGAUCUCAUUGACAGCUCGGGACUGCUCAAGGGCAACUUGCUCGGGUGGCAGCUCUUGUACAUCCUACCUAUCGCCAUCUUGACGAACGACUUCUUCCUCUCCAACUUUUGGCUGCGUACCUUUGCUUCCAAGACAGACAAGGAUCUCAGAAUCGGUGUCUCCAUCGCAACGUGUGUCAUCCUGGUCAUUCUGACUCUGGUUGGCAUGACUGGUGUCCUCGCAGCGUGGUCCGGCGCUUGGCCAGGCGACCCGCCACAGGAAGGCUCAAUCGCCUUCUUCUUGCUUCUCGAGCAGCUGCCCUCAUGGGUAGUGGGCAUUGUGCUGGUCAUGGUCGUCUGUCUCAGCACAGCUUCCUUCGACAGCCUGCAGUCUGCCAUGGUCUCAUCCGCAUCCAACGAUCUGUUCCGCAACCGGCUGAACAUCUGGUUCAUCCGCGGCGCCGUCGUGCUCAUCAUCAUCCCCGUCGUCGUGCUCGCCCUCAAGGCGCCCAGCAUCCUGCAGAUCUACCUCAUCUCAGACCUCGUCUCCGCCGCCACCAUCCCCGUGCUGUGCCUCGGCCUGUCCGACCGCCUGUACUGGUGGCGCGGCUUCGAGAUCGUCGUCGGCGGCCUCGGCGGCAUCCUGACCGUCUUCAUCUUCGGCACCAUCUACUACGGCGACGCCCUGACCGGCGCCCAGCUCAUGCUGCUCGAGCAGGGCCUGUACGAGGGCGACUGGGGCGCCUUUGGCGCGUUCGUCGCCGCGCCCGUCGGCGGUCUGCUCUGGGGCUUUGGCGGCUGCGCCCUGCGCCUGGCCUUCCAGCUCGUCAAGGCCAAGGUGACCGGUCGUCGCUUCGAUGCGCUCGACCGCCCCGCGUUCCUGUCGGCUGACGAGGGAGCUGGUGCCUACGGCUCGGCUGACGACGCUGAUGCCCUGUACCAAAGCGGUAGCACCAGCAAGCAGGCGGGCAAGUUCUUCUGA